UAAUACAUCUGUACAUUUUAUAGCUAAAUAGCUGUUUUGCAUCUUUAUUCUUGCCGUUUUACGAAAUACGGCCAGUUUGAUUGGCUUGGUUAUGAAUCUACGAAAACAUAUUUAUGGAAGCUAAUGUAGUUACUUUUGUCGCUGAGAUUUGUAGCUAGCUGGUAUUAAUUAGGUAAACAAAAAUAUGUUUCGUGUACACCGGGGAACCAAAUAAUUUAUCGUCUGGGUCAAUACGGAAAACAUAGACAGAUGGACAAGUGAUAUUGCUUGCUAGCUUUUUAUGUAUUUGGUACUCAUAAUUCAUCCGUUAUGGCUUAACCAUAAAUUCCUUUAUAACUAGCUAUCUAAUUAACCUUAGAAGUCAGUCGCUGACUUCAUCAUUAACUGGCUGGGAAAGGUAGCUCUAACGGUAAGAUAGUUCGGGGCACACAUGCUCGCCAGCUAAUGUUAACUAGAUAGUUUGUCCUACUAAAUUACACGAGGUAAAUCUGAUUUUGAUUAGUUCUCUAUAGAGUUAGCUAUCUGUUUACGGCAUGGCACAAGUAAAUGAACCAGUUCAUUCAUCAUCUAGCUUGGAGCCUACUGAUCCUGUGUGGUCCGAAUGUUCUGUCCAAAGCAAAGCACAAUCUGGAAGAAUUCUGACGGAGGAGGAGCUGGAAAAACUAAAGACCGAUCAGAUCUUGGUAUCGGAGUUCAAGCAGCAGAAGUUGGAAAGGGAAGCACAGAAAAAUUGGGACUUGUUCUAUAAACGGAACAGCACAAACUUUUUCAAAGAUAGGCACUGGACCACGAGAGAGUUUGAAGAGCUGAAAGCUUGCCGAGAGUUUGAUGCUCAGAAGCUGUUUCUGUUGGAGGCUGGCUGUGGGGUCGGGAACUGCAUUUUUCCUCUCCUAGAAGAGGAUACCAAUAUUUUUGUAUAUGCCUGUGACUUCUCACCACGAGCUGUGGAAUUUGUGAAGCAAAAUCCUUUAUACUGCUCUGAGAGAUGCAAGGCUUUCCAGUGCGACCUGACCAAAGAUGACCUGCGGGACAGCGUGCCAGCAGAAAGUGUGGAUGUUGUGACACUCAUAUUUGUGCUGUCAGCUAUCCACCCUGACAAGAUGCAGAUGGUUCUGAAUAAUAUUUACAGGGUGUUGAAACCAGGUGGAAUCGUCCUGUUCAGGGACUAUGGCCUGUAUGACCAUGCCAUGCUCAGGUUUAAGUCUGCAAGCAAGCUUGGAGAGAAUUUCUACAUGCGGCAGGAUGGCACCAGGUCCUUCUUUUUCUCCACAGAGAUGCUGAUGGACCUGUUCACGGGGGCGGGGUUCCAGAGCUUGGUGAAUGAAUACGUCAUGCGAGAAACAGUGAACAGGAAGGAGGGCCUUUGUGUGCCAAGGGUGUUUGUCCAAAGCAAGUUCAGGAAGCCAGACCAAUGACCAGUGACCUCUGUUGAUACUAUCCCCAAGCACCUCCACUGGGGACAGGGAUGACCCCCCGCCCUCCCCAGCCAUGAGUUUUUUUAUCUGCUUCCAUAUUGAGGCUGCCACAUGAAGAAACGCUUCCCACCAUAAAGAACCCAUUGUGUGCUCAGAGCGUCAACACAAAAAUAAUAAUAGCAGACUGUCCAUUGAGUACUGAUGAGAACCUUCCACAACAGAAACUGAUGUCUGUGCUUCAGUAAUGUAAUACAACACUGGCAGCUGGAAACAGUUUAUGGAAAGAA